AUGAAGCCGGAAAUUGAACAAGAAUUAUCUCACACAUUGUUAACAGAGUUGUUGGCAUAUCAAUUUGCUUCACCAGUCAGAUGGAUCGAAACUCAAGAUGUCUUUUUAAAACAACACAACACAGAAAGAGUUAUUGAAAUUGGACCAUCACCAACUUUGGCUGGAAUGGCUUCAAGAACAAUCAAAGCAAAGUACCAAUCUUAUGAUGCAGCUUUGUCGUUGCAACGUCAAGUUUUAUGCUACUCCAAGGAUGCAAAGGAGAUUUACUAUACCCCUGAUCCUGCUGAACCACCAGCUGCUGAAGAGCCAAAAGCGGAAACUGGCAAAGAGUCAGCACCCGCUGCUUCUGCUGCAGCUGCUGCUGCCACUCAACCUGCUGCUGCUGUUGCUCCACCACCACAAUCUGCUGGUCCUGUUGAAUCAAUCCCCGAUGAACCAGUUAAAGCUUCCUUGUUGAUCCACGUAUUGGUUGCACAAAAGUUGAAGAAACCGUUGGAUGCUGUUCCAAUGUCAAAAGCAAUCAAGGAUUUAGUCAAUGGUAAAUCUACCGUUCAAAACGAAAUUUUGGGAGAUUUGGGUAAAGAGUUCGGGUCCACUCCUGAAAAACCAGAAGAGACUCCAUUGGAGGAGUUGGCAGAGCAAUUCCAGGAUACAUUCUCCGGAUCAUUGGGAAAGACUUCAACUUCUUUGAUUGGAAGAUUGAUGUCAUCCAAAAUGCCAGGUGGGUUUUCCAUCACAAAUGCAAGAAAAUACUUGGAAUCCAGAUUCGGAUUGGGUCCAGGAAGACAAGAUUCGGUUUUAUUAACCGCAUUGUGUAAUGAACCAGCCAGUAGAUUGGGUUCUGAAGGUGAUGCCAAGUCAUUUUUGGAUACCAUGGCUCAGAAAUAUGCAUCUCAUGCUGGAAUCUCAUUGUCGUCACCUUCUGCAGGUGGUGCAAGCUCCGGUGCUGGAGCUGCUGUUGUUGAUAGUGCUGCUUUGGAUGCUUUAAUUGCUGAAAACAAGAAGUUGGCCAGACAACAAUUGGAAACUUUGGCUAGGUAUCUCCAAGUUGAUCUAACCAAAGGAGAGAAAGCUUUCAUCAAGGAAAAAGAGGCAACUACAGUCUUGCAACAAGAAUUGGACUUGUGGGAAGCUGAACAUGGUGAGUUUUACGCAAAGGGUAUCAAGCCAGUGUUUUCACCAUUGAAGUCGAGAACUUAUGAUUCCUAUUGGAAUUGGGCCAGACAAGAUUUAUUGUCGAUGUGGUUUGACAUCCUUUUUGGAAAAUUGACAUCUGUUGAUAGAGAAACCAUCAAUCAGUGUAUUCAAAUUAUGAACAGAGCCAACCCAACCUUGAUCAAGUUUAUGCAGUACCACGUCGAACUUUGUCCUACGUACAGAGGAGAGACUUAUAAACUAGGAAAAAGAUUGGGUGAACAGUUGAUUGAAAACUGUAAGCAAAUUUUGGGUCAAAGUCCAGUAUACAAGGAUGUCAGUAGAAUCACUGGUCCAAAGACUACUGUUAGUGCCAAAGGUGACAUCGUUUACGAGGAAGCUAAUAAAGAGUCAGUCAGAAAAUUUGAGCAGUACGUUUUUGAAAUGGCACAAGGUGGCUCAAUGACCAAGAUGAAACAAUCUUCAAUUCAAGAAGAUUUGGCUAGAGUGUACAAGGCCAUUUCAAAACAAGCUUCAAGAGAUAGCAAAUUGGAAUUGCAAAAAGUGUAUGAUCAAUUAUUGAAGGUUGUCGAAGGAUCCACCGAAAUCGAGACAGAACAAACAACUCAAGAUGCUUUGGCAAUUCCAACUGGCUCCAACACACCAACUGAAGAAGAUGAAUUGUCAACUGCUUCUGAUGAUGAUGAGAUUGCAUCGUUGCCGGACAAGACAUCAAUUGCUCAACCUGUUUCCUCAACCAUUCCAAACAAGACAAUUCCGUUCUUGCAUAUCCAAAGCAAAUCUGAAAGUGGAAACUGGGAGUAUGACCGCAAAUUGUCAUCAAUUUACUUGGACGGAUUGGAGUCUGCAGCCAUUAAUGGGUUGACUUUCAAGGACAAGUAUGUAUUGGUUACUGGAGCUGGUGCAGGAUCUAUUGGUGCCGAAAUCUUGCAAGGUUUAAUCAGCGGUGGUGCCAAGGUGAUUGUCACUACAUCUCGUUACUCCAAAAAGGUUACAGAGUAUUAUCAAAAUAUGUAUGCUCGUUACGGUGCCGCUGGAUCAACCUUGAUUGUUGUUCCUUUCAACCAGGGUUCUAAACAGGAUGUCGAUGCUUUGGUUGAAUACAUCUACAAUGACCAAAAGAAGGGCGGAUUGGGCUGGGAUUUGGAUGUCAUUAUUCCAUUUGCCGCUAUUCCAGAGAAUGGAAAUGGUAUUGACAACAUCGACUCGAAAUCGGAAUUUGCUCACAGAAUCAUGUUGACAAACCUUUUGAGAUUGUUGGGUGCUGUAAAAGCCAGAAAAACAACCGACACCAGACCAGCGCAAUGCAUUUUGCCAUUGUCACCAAAUCAUGGUACAUUUGGAUUCGAUGGGUUAUACUCUGAAUCAAAGAUUUCGUUGGAAACCUUGUUCAAUAGAUGGUACUCUGAAGAUUGGGGAACCAAAUUGACCAUUUGUGGUGCUAUAAUUGGUUGGACAAGAGGUACUGGAUUAAUGAGUGCAAACAACAUUAUUGCCGAAGGUAUCGAAAAGUUGGGGGUUAGAACUUUCUCUCAGAAAGAAAUGGCAUUCAACAUUCUAGGAUUGUUGACACCGGAAAUUGUUAACUUGUGUCAAGAAGAGCCAGUCAUGGCAGAUUUGAAUGGUGGUCUACAAUUCAUUGACAACCUCAAGGAAUUUACUUCCAAAUUAAGAAACGAUUUAACUGAAACUGCAGAUAUCAGAAGGGCUGUUUCUAUUGAGUCAGCUAUUGAACAAAAAGUUGUCAAUGGUGACAACGUAGACUCAAACUACAACAAGGUUACCGUUCGACCAAGAGCCAACAUGAAGUUUGAUUUCCCAACUUUGAAAUCUUAUGACGAAAUUAAGCAAAUUGCUCCUGAUUUGGAAGGUAUGUUGGACUUGGAGAAUGUAGUGGUUGUUACGGGUUUUGCUGAAGUUGGUCCAUGGGGUAACGCAAGAACUAGAUGGGAGAUGGAGUCCAAGGGUGAAUUCUCUCUCGAAGGUGCCAUUGAGAUGGCAUGGAUUAUGGGCAUGAUCAAAUACCAUAAUGGUAAUUUGAAAGGAAAACCAUACUCGGGAUGGAUUGACGCAAAAACGCAAACUCCAGUUGAUGACAAGGACAUCAAGGCUAAGUAUGAGGAGGAAAUUUUAGAACAUUCUGGAAUUAGAUUGAUUGAACCAGAGUUGUUCAAUGGUUAUGAUCCAAAGAAGAAGCAAAUGAUUCAGGAAGUAGUUAUUCAACACGAUUUGGAACCAUUUGAAUGUUCCAAGGAAACCGCUGAACAGUACAAGCAUGAACAUGGAGACAAGUGUGAAAUUUCAGAAAUUGAGGAAAGCGGUGAAUAUAGUGUUCGAAUCUUGAAAGGAGCCACUUUGUUCAUUCCAAAAGCUUUGAGAUUUGACAGAUUGGUUGCCGGUCAAAUUCCUACUGGAUGGGAUGCACGUACAUAUGGUAUUCCUGAAGAUACCAUUAAUCAAGUUGAUCCAAUCACCUUGUAUGUUUUGGUUGCUACGGUUGAGGCAUUAUUGUCUGCUGGUAUCACCGAUCCAUACGAGUUUUACAAAUACGUUCACGUUUCCGAAGUUGGUAACUGUUCAGGUUCUGGUAUGGGUGGUGUUAGUGCAUUGAGAGGUAUGUUUAAAGACAGAUAUGCUGACAAGCCAGUACAAAAUGAUAUUUUGCAAGAGUCAUUCAUCAACACCAUGUCUGCUUGGGUCAAUAUGUUGUUGUUGUCUGCUUCAGGUCCCAUCAAGACACCAGUGGGUGCUUGUGCUACCGCUGUUGAGUCAGUUGAUAUUGGUAUUGAAACUAUUUUGUCAGGUAAAGCCAAGGUCGUCAUGGUUGGUGGUUAUGAUGAUUUCCAAGAAGAAGGUUCUUACGAGUUUGCCAACAUGAAUGCCACUUCCAGCGCUAUUGACGAAUUCAAGCAUGGUAGAACUCCAAAAGAAAUGUCGAGACCAACCACCACCACAAGAAAUGGUUUUAUGGAAGCCCAAGGUUCAGGUAUUCAAGUUAUCAUGUCAGCAGAUUUGGCGCUCAAAAUGGGUGUUCCUAUUCACGCUGUUUUAGCCAUGUCGGCAACCGCAACAGACAAGAUUGGAAGAUCAGUUCCUGCUCCAGGUAAGGGAAUUUUGACUACAGCUAGAGAACACCACGGAAACUUAAAAUACCCAUCGCCUUUAUUGAACGUCAAGUACAGAAAGAGACAAUUGUCCAAGAGAUUGGACCAAAUCAAAUCUUGGGAAUCCUCAGAGCUCAAUUACUUACAAGAAGAGGCUCAUUUGGCAAAGGAAGAGUUUGGUGAAGAAUUUUCUGAAGCUGAAUUUUUAAGAGAAAGAACCGAGGAAAUUUACAGAGAGUCAAAGAGACAAGUUGCAGAUGCCAAGAAGCAGUGGGGUAACGCAUUUUACAAAUCUGAUCCUAGAAUCGCCCCAUUGAGAGGUGCCUUGGCUACAUUUAAUUUGACAAUUGAUGACAUUGGAGUUGCUUCAUUCCACGGUACUUCAACAGUGGCCAAUGACAAGAAUGAAUCUGCAACCAUUGACAGCAUGAUGAAGCAUUUGGGUAGAUCUGAAGGCAACCCAGUAUUUGGUGUGUUCCAAAAAUACUUGACUGGUCAUCCAAAAGGUGCGGCUGGUGCUUGGAUGUUAAAUGGUGCCAUUCAAAUUUUAGAGUCAGGUAUUGUUCCCGGUAAUAGAAAUGCCGACAAUGUUGACAAGGUCUUGGAGCAAUACGAGUACGUGUUGUACCCAUCCAGGUCUAUUCAAACUGAUGGUAUCAAGGCUGUAUCUGUCACAUCAUUCGGUUUUGGUCAAAAAGGUGCCCAAGCAGUCGUUGUUCAUCCUGAUUACUUGUAUGCCGUAUUGGACAGGUCAACUUAUGAAGACUACGCCAAGAGGGUUACAGCCAGAAACAAGAAGACUUACCGUUACAUGCACAAUGCAAUCACCAGAAAUACCAUGUUUGUUGCCAAGGAUAAAGCUCCUUACUCUGAUGAGUUGACCAUGGAUGUGUACUUGGAUCCAUUGGCUAGGGUUUCAAAGACAAAGAAUGAAUUUGUCUUCACGAAGAAAUCAGUUCAAUCUGACAAAUCGUAUGUUAGCAAUAUUGCAAACUCAACUGCAAAAGCAUUGUCAUCAUUGAACAAAUCAUCCAAGGGUGUUGGUGUUGAUGUUGAGUUGUUAUCAGAGUUGAACAUUGACAAUGAGACAUUUUUGGAGAGAAAUUUCACUCCUGAAGAAAUCAAGUAUUGCCAAAACUCAGCCAACCCCCAGGCUUCAUUCACUGGAACUUGGUCGGCAAAGGAGGCCACAUUCAAGGCUUUGGGGGUCAGUUCUCAAGGUGGUGGUGCAAGUUUGAAAGAGAUUGAAAUUGUCAGGGAUGGCAAUGGAGCACCACAAGUUGUUUUAAAUGACAAUGCAAAAGCAGCUGCUAAAGCAGCUGGUGUCAAAAAUGUGAAUGUGUCAAUCUCGCAUGAUGAUUUCCAAGCCACUGCCGUUGCUCUCAGUGAAUUUUGA